UUUGCAAGAUGUCGGCCAAUAAUAUGUUGACCCAUUCUCAGAGGGUCCUUCGUUUGUACAAGAAAUCUCUGAGGCAUAUUGAAUCGUAUUGUCACUCAAGGCAUAGGUUCAGAUACCAGGCAACACUAUUGAGAGCCAGAUUUGAUGAGAACAAAGAUGAAAAGGACAUGAUGAAAGCUGCAAGAUUGCUCCAAGAAGGUGAAGGAGAAUUCUACAAAAAUCAACAUCCACAACCGUAUAUAUUUAUUGACUCACCUGAAGGUACAAGACAUGAAAGAGACUUGCCAGCUCCUGAGUGGGUACUUGAUUUCUGGCACCCAUCAGAGAGAGCACAGUACCCAACAUAUUUUGCAAGAUACGAGAAGAGAAAACAGUGGGAAAAAAACCGAUGGGACAGGCUGGUUGAAGAGGAAAAACAACUAUUAAAAGGGAAAGAAAGUCAAGUUUAGGCCAGUGUUUGUUGUAAACUAAGCAUGACUUAGGACAGUGUGCAGUAUAUUCCAGCUUAAUAUAAAGAUUUCUACAGUUUGAGACGUGAAAUGCUAGAUCGAACAGUACUUUAUAUCCGAUAUGAAAUCAUCUAGAUUCCUAUCAAAUAAAAUCAUUUUUCCUGCUUAGUUUCUGAUGUACACUGCGCAUGUAAUGUAGUAAUUUAAUGCUGCUUGCACAUCUCUGUAUAUUAGUGUAUUUUCAGUGUGAUGGAAAAUUAAAACGAAACAGUUGUUUGAAUUAAACUAA